GUGGUGUGUCUAAUACUACAGAGCAGCCUGCAGUUGGGAUUUGUACUCAAUUUCCAUACUCAUUUGGAUUAAAUGUUUAUAUUUUAUGGAUUUAAAGUGCAUUUUGGAGGAAACGUUCGAUAAUAUCGCCAGAUUCAGAUAAUGCAAAACACACAUCUAGAUAUCAUCCUUAAAAAGAGGAAAAAACGACACUUGUUUUUCUGGUGAUGCAUUGGUGAAUCAACAGCGGACAUGUGACAUAAUUAUUUAUUUCCCUCAUUAAUUCAAAAGUGUCUAAUUAUGUGUGAUGUAAAUAACAGCUGAUUACGUAGGUGUCGGGAUAUAGUUGAUGUGAUAUUUCUGUUAACAUGAGAUCAGAGGGAUGUGAACAAAUUAUUCCAACAUCUGGAUGUGAUUAGCACUGAAGUUAAUUGUGUAUGAUAGCAGUAUAAAAAUGGCUAACAGUCUGUUGAAAAGCAAGCGCUUUUUCUGCCGGGAGUGGGCUUUUAGUAAAAUCAACCACUGCCUGGAGAACCGGCCCUCCUCUAAGACCUGUGGUGCUCUGAUUAUGGGUGGACCUGGGUGUGGCAAGACUGCCUUAUGCUGUGAACUUGUGUGGCCAACAGCAUCACAGGGCAAGCAGAAAGUGUUAAAUAAGAGAAUUCUGGCUUUCCAUUUCUGUCAGGCUCAUGACAUUGGCAGUUUGUCACUGGCUAGUUUUAUUUGCGACCUUGUUAAACAAUUACAGGAGUCCAAUCUGAUCAGUGGUUAUAAAGAGCUGGUUAGUUCCCAAGAAAUACAACAGUUGAUUAGUCCAAGUGAAUGUGAAAAAAAUCCUGAUGUGGCAUUCCAAAAGGCCGUGUUGGAACCACUUUCUUCCUUACAGUCACCAAAACAGACCUUGUUCAUGCUUGUGGACUCUGUUGACGAGUCAUAUUUAACCUGUACCAGUGACAGAACUACUGGCAGUAAAACAAUUGCCGAGUUAUUAGCCAAUCAUCACACAGAUUUCCCUAAGUGGCUAUUACUGGUGUGCUCAUCCCGUAAACAGAGCAAGUCAGUCACACGACUGUUCACAGGAUUUCGGAAAAUUAGUCUGGAUGAUUUGAGGAAAUCUCAUGUUGUUCGUGAUGUCCAACAAUAUAUCCUGUGUCGCCUGGACCAGGAGGAGGAAUUACGACAGCAUCUCAGUCGGGACACUGCGGAAAUGUUAAACCAGCUACACAUCAAAAGCAAUGGAUGUUUCCUAUAUUUAGAGAAAGUGUUGGAUGGUGUGGCGGAGAAUUUUAUCAUGCUGAGAGAAAUUCGUGAAAUUCCCGGAACAUUGAAUGGUUUGUAUUUGUGGUUGUGCCAAAGAUUAUUUGUUAGGAAGCAAUUUGCCAAGAUACAACCAAUUUUGAAUGUGAUUCUGGCCUCGCGAACACCUUUGUGUGAGUCGGAACUGUUUCUGUGUGUGAGGACAAAAAACACGACACUCACUGAGAAGGAAUUUCUAGGUAGAUUAAAGCUAUUAUCUAAGAUACUGAUAGAAGGACAGGAUCAGUGCAAAAUACUGUUCCAUCACAGUUUUGCGGAGUGGCUGUUAGAUGUGAAGCACUGUACACAGAAGUAUCUAUGUGUGGCGGCUGACGGCCAUGGCAUGUUGGCGAUGCAUUCCAUGGUAAAUGGCCCCAAAUUAACUGCUCUGCAAGUACAGGAUUUUGCGGGGCAUCUGGUGAAGGCUAAUUUACAGGAGCCACUCCAGCAUCACCACUUGGUACAGAUAUUGUUGCUCUCAGGAGCUAACGUAGAGGACAGCUUGUCAGCAGGUGUGCCCAAGGAACAGAAGGUUACCAAACUUUUGCUUGACGCUGGUGCGAAGCCUCCAGAGGACUCUGAGGAGGCACAAACAGCAAGUCUUCAUGCAAGCAUGAUAGAGGAAGCAGAAGCUGAACCCAAGCUUCCAAUGGAACUUGAUAUUCCUGUCAAUCAGAUAGACAGUAACGGUCGGACAUUGUUACAUACAUCAGCACACCAAGGAAAUCUGGAACUGGUUAACUUUAUUUUGUCAAAAUCUGUGGAAUUAGAAGUGGUUGACAAGAAUGGUCAAACGGCCUUGAACUUAGCUGCUAGACAAGGUCACCCAGAAGUUGUAGCUGCAAUUCUGAAGGCUGGUGCUCAAGUUGACCAUGCAGAUGGAGAUGGCUGGACACCACUUCGGUCAGCUGCUUGGGGUGGAAACACUGAUGUUGUUAGCUUACUUUUGAGUGCCAGUGCUGAUGUCAACCAUGCAGACGCUGAUCAGCGAACGGCCUUGAGGGCUGCAGCUUGGGGUGGUCAUGAGGAAAUUGUUUUGAAAUUACUAAAACAUAAUGCUGAUGUCAACAAGGCAGAUAAUGAGGGCCGAACAGCGCUAAUUGCUGCUGCUUACAUGGGUCAUGCAGAAAUUGUCAACCACCUUCUGAAAUACGAUGCGGAUAUCAACCAUGAAGAUUGUGAUGGUCGUACAGCAUUGUCAGUGGCAGCACUGUGUAUUCCUGCAAGUCAAGGACAUGAGGAAGUGGUCAGCAUCCUGUUAGAGCAAGGAGCAGAGGUCAAUCACCAGGACAAGGAUGGUAUGACACCACUGUUGGUGGCUGCUUGUGAAGGUCACAUGGACGUUUGUGAACUGUUGCUUGAUUCUGAUGCGGAUUGUGAUCAUUCAGACACUAAAGGCAGGACACCUUUAUUAGCUGCAGCGUCCAUGGGACACUCCAAGAUUGUGAACCAGCUCCUAUUCUGGGGCUGUGCUGUGGAUACAAUAGAUUCUGAAGGAAGGAUUGUGCUGAGUAUUGCUGCUGCUCAGGGUAAUGUGGAUAUUGUCCAGCAGCUGCUUGACCGUGGUCUUGAUGAGAUGCAUAAGGACAAUGCUGGAUGGUCACCCCUACAUAUGGCUGCUUAUGAAGGACAUGUUGGGGUUUGUGAGACUCUCAUUAACCACUGCGCUCGAGUCAACGAGACGGACAAUGAUGGCCGCCAUCCUCUGAUUUUAGCCGCUCAAGAAGGUCAUCUGGGAGUGGUCACCUGUCUCAUCCAACAUGGAUCAUCCAUUGAUCAUAGGUCACACGACGGAAAAACUGCAUUUCGAGUGGCAUCAUUUGAAGGCCACAAAGAAGUGGCUCGAUAUCUCAUCUCCAUGGGAACCAACAUAAGCUACAAGGAUGCAGAUGGUAGAUCAACUCUCUACAUUCUGGCUCUUGAAAACAAAGUAGACAUGGUAGCUUUUAUCCUAGAAAUGGGUGUAGAAGUGGAAUGUACAGAUCUUGAAGGACGCACUGCAUUACAUGUGGCUGCAUGGCAAGGUCAUUUUGAGGUGGUAGAACUUUUGCUACGAUACAACGCGAAUGUGAAUGCUGUGGACAAUGAUCAGAGAACAGCUUUACAGUCAGCUGCUUGGCAAGGUCAUGAUAACAUUGUACAGCUACUGUUAGAGAGGGGUGCUUCAGUGGAUCACACAUGCAACCAAGGAGCCACUGCCCUCUGUAUCGCUGCUCAAGAAGGACACGAAACUGUAGUCAAAGUCCUUCUCACGUACAAGGCUAACCCAAACCAUGCUGAUCAGUUUGGACGGACACCUGUCAGGGUGUCGCUCAAAAGUGGACAUUCCAAAGUAUGUAAAAUUCUGGAGGAGUUCGGAGCUGUGCUUCCGAGUAGUAGUAAAAGUCGAAGCAGUUCGUCAGCAUCAAGUAAUGAUGCUCGACCAACAUGUGUGACUGGGCCAUUGAACGGUGUAGGAGUUGUUGUCAAUGGUAAUCAGUUAAACAGUUCUCCAUCAGACUCUCCCGACUCAACAUUCGACCGCAGAAAGUCAUAUGCAUCCAACAAUUCCUCAAAAUCCUCCAGUAAUUUAACAUCGUCCACAAAUCAGAGCUCACAAAGUGGUGCUACGACGACAACUAAUGGAGACUGCCUGACCUUUACUCAACAGUUGCAGCAGUGUUCAAUGGCACGACAUCGCACACGGCCUAUUAGUCGUGUGUUGUCACCCGUGAGCGAACCGCAGAGUCCCGUACAGUCACCGCCAAUGUCACCAAACACAGAGGUUCAGAAAAUCGUAGGAAAUGAACAAAAACUUUCGCCGGUGACAGAAAGAAACUUGAAUAUUCUGGGGCCGUCACCAGACAAAUUUCCGAACUGUAAACACAAGGAGAUUAAGGCCACUAUAAACAUUAUUACAAAUCCUAAUGCAGAUUUAUCUGAAGAACCUGUUUGGCUUGUCAAUCAUGCACAUUUUCAGAACAAUUUAGAAAAACUACGCUUAAAACAAAAUGCAAUGUCUUGUGAUCAGCCUAUAAUGGGACAAAGUGCUUUGGAAAUGCGAUCACCAGACACAAAACCAAAACGAAAUGGAAUUGUGACAAAUCCAAAAAUUAAAGGCGUGAAUGGACAAUUCAAGAAAGUUCUUGAAAGAAAUGAAAAAAUUAUGAAUGGGACAAAUAACUCGCUGCUAAAUAAUGAGCAUAGCAUCCCCAGUAAUAAUUACAAGGGACCCCCACGACCUAACGGCCUACCCCUAAAGAAGGAGACGCCCUUGUGACUAGCACAACAAUACAUGAUUUCUUCUGUACAG